GUGAGAGUGAGGGAGUGUGAGAGGGAGAGACCCGGGCACCACCACAACAACACUGGGACACCUCACACCUUGACUCUCCUCCUCAUCAUACAUCAUCAUCACUCCUCCUCAUCAUAACCAAGAUGGCCAGAGUUGUGGCUCUAGGGUUGUGGAAAGCAAGGAUGCUGAGCAUGUCGGCCGUUCCUCUGAGUUCUCUUCCUGGCUUUAGUUACCAGAUUCACAACUUCUAUGAUGAGGAGGUUAUGAUGUAUACAAAAAAAACGUAUUGCUCUUGUUCUGCAUCACAGCUGAAGAGUGAAAAUGUAAUGGGUAUUGAAGCAAGAAGCCUCAAGAUUGUCAAAGAUUUACAGUCUAAAGGAAUAAAUAUGUAUUCUGAGAAACGCAUUGCUGCACUUUAUCAGUUUCUUUUAGACCUUGGACUCGAAUCAAAAACUAUAGAAGGACAACUGCUUGAAACUCCACACUUGCUAAGUUUUGCAAUAAAAUCCUGGACUGACACAUGUGAAGUUUUUUUGGAGCAUGGAUUAUCAAGUCGAACAAUUCUCCAGAACAUUGCUGUAAAUCCUCAGUUUCUACAAGUUAAACCCUCUAAGCUUGGACAGACCCUCUUUAAGUAUAGAGAGAUCAAGAUUGGAAAACAUAAUAUUUUAUCACUUAUAAACAGGUAUCCAGAACUCUUCUCUUAUAAGCCGCAGCAAAUCCAGAAACGACUGGGAUUGGUGUCAUCGAUAUUUCCACCAACUGAAUUUAAGUCUGUUAUCUGGAACAACCCAAAUAUCCUUGUGGAAAGAUGGAAGGAUGUCAUGGAUAAGAUUAUGUACAUACACACAGAAAUGGGCUUAGAUCAGCCACACUUAGCUAACAGUAAGGCCUUGGCGCUAUCGUUUUUGGAGAUAAAGACAAGACACCAGUUUCUUUAUCGAGCGGGACUAUAUAAGACGCCUAACCUGUUGCGAGAUAAGCAGAGCCACAAGAGGAACCAUUCACUCUCCGACAUCAUGGAUACCAAUGCUGCGUAUUUUGCUAAGAAAGUUGCAAGACUAACAGAGGAAGAAUAUAAUGUAUUUGCCAGUAUUAUGAAAGAGGAGGAGAAGCUAUUGCUGAGUGACUCUGAAGAAAAUGAUUCUGAUGAUUCGGAUUAUGAUGAUGACGACGAUGAUGAUUCUACUGUUGUCAAUGAUGAGCUGCAAUAGUAUGUAAAUGUUGAAUGUUGUUUAAAUUUGUCAAUACUUUAGUGAUUAAAUGAAAUUAAAGUAUGGAUACUGUACAUGA